AUGUCCGACGGUCGCUAUGACUCUCAAGGUGAGGAUAAAAAGCCUCAAGUGUUCAAUAUGAGCGUCGCAAACUCCAACGUUGUCGUGGUUGGUGGAGGUAUCGUCGGUGCCUCUGUCGCUUGGCAUCUCUCCUCCGAGACAAACGUCACCAUCAUCGCGGAAGACAUCGGAGGGGUAGCUACUCCCAAUUCAUUCGCUUGGCUGAAUGCUGCAUCGUCGGAUAAGAAGUUCUACUACGAUUUUCGACUUAGGUCUCUUGAACACUGGAGGGAGAUUGAGAAAGCUGUUGAUAACUUGCCUAUUCAUUGGGGAGGCACUACGAGCUGGGAUAAAUCACCUGAAGAACUUGAGCAGGAGGAGAAGAACCUUACUGAUUGGGGAUAUGAUGUUAUUCGUGUUGACAAGACGGAGAUAUCGCAGCGAGAACCUCAUAUUGAAGACACGAAGCUUCCGGAAUGGGGUCUUGGUUAUGAUGGAGAGGGAGCUCUUGAGGCUGAAAGGGCUGCGGAGCUACUGAUUAAUCUCGCACAAGACAAUGGCGCCAAAUUCCUCGAAACAAAAGUCAAAGGCUUCGCCAACACCGAUGGCCAUAUCAGCGGCGUUAUUCUCUCUUCCGGCCAAACCCUCCCCACAGACCAUGUUGUCGUUGCCGCGGGCCUUGGAAGCGUCUCCCUUCUCGCAUCACAAAAUAUCUCCCUUCCCCUCAAAAGCACAGCCGGUCUUCUCGUCAACACAAAACCCACCUCUAAAAAAUUAAUCAAAGGUGUAAUAAACGCCCCCGAACUACACAUCCGCCAAACCCUCGAAGGGGCUCUCCUCUUCGGCUCCAGCUACGCCGGCGGAGAUCUAGGCGACGACCCCGAAAAGACAGCACGUGAACUCUUCGCUAAACUUCAAAAGUCGGUCAUUGGUGGGGAUGAGCUUGAGUUCAGUCACUACACUAUUGGCCAUAGAGUUUUACCAGAGGAUGGACUGCCGAUUCUUGGAGUCACAGGAGUGGAUGGACUUAGUGUUGCUGUGAUGCAUUCCGGAGUUACAAAUGGAGCUCUUGUUGGGAAGUUAUUGAGCAGGCAGAUUCUCACUGGGGAGACGGAUCCUAUAUUGGAUAAUUUCCGACUUGAUCGUUUUGCAUAA